UCCCCACCCAACCCUCCCCCCAUUGCUGCCCUCGCCCCCAUAGUCUAGUUCACUGGGGGUUCAGUCUUAGCAGGACCCAGGGCUUCCCCUUCCACUGGUGCUCUUACUAAGAUAUUCAUUGCUACCUAUGAGGUCAGAGUCCAGGGUCAGUCCAUGUAUAGUCUUUAGGUGUAGUGGCUUAGUCCCUGGAAGCUCUGGUUGGUUGGCAUUGUUGUACAUAUGGGGUCUCGAGCCCCUUCAAGCUCUUCCAGUUCUUUCUCUGAUUCCUUCAACGGGGGUCCUAUUCUCAGUUCAGUGGUUUGCUGCUGGCAUUCGCCUCUGUAUUUGCUGUAUUCUGGCUGUGUCUCUCAGGAGCGAUCUACAUCCGGCUCCUGUCGGUCUGCACUUCUUUGCUUCAUCCAUCUUGUCUAAUUGGGUGGCUGUAUAUGUAUGGGCCACAUGUGGGGCAGGCUCUGAAUGGGUGUUCCUUCUGUCUCUGUUUUAAUCUUUGCCUCUCUCUUCCCUGCCAAGGGUAUUCUUGUUCCCCUUUUAGAGAAGGAGUGAAGCAUUCACAUUUUGAUCAUCCGUCUUGAGUUUCAUUUGUUCUAGGCAUCUAGGGUAAUUCAAGCAAUAAAUAUCUGUUAAGUCCAUUUGUUUCAUAACUUCUUCUAGUUUCUCUAUGUCUCUUUUUAAUUUGUCUUUCCAUGAUCUGUCCAUUGAUGAGAGUGGGGUGCUGAAAUCUACUAUUUUCAUGUGAUGUACAAUAUGUGCUUUGAGCUUUAGUAAGGUUUCUUUUAUGAAGAUAGGUGCCCUUGCUUUAGAGCAUAGAUAUUUAGGAUUGAGAGUUCAUGUUGAUGGAUUUUUCCUUUGAGAAUAUGAAGUGUCCUUACUUAUCUUUUUUAAUGACUUUUGGUUGAAAAUCAAUUUUAUUUGAUAUUAGGAUGGCAACUAAAGCUUAUUUCUUCAGGCCAUUUGCUUGGAACAUUGCUUUCCAGCCUUUCACUCUGAGGCAGUAUCUGUCUUUGUCUCUGAGGUGUGUUUCCUGCAUGCAGCAAUAUGCUGUGUCCUCUUUACGUAUCCAGUCUGUUAGUCUAUGUCUUUAUAUUUGGUAAUUGAGUCCAUUAAUGCUGAGAGAUAUUAAGGAAUAGUGAUUGUUUCUUCCUGUUACUUUCAUUGUUAGAGGUGGAAUUAUAUUUCUUAGUCUCUCUUUUGGUUUGAUUGCAAGGAAAUUAUACUCUUGCUUUCUGUAUGGUGUAGUUUCACUCCAUUUGUUGGAGUUUUCCAUCUAUUAUUCUCUGUAGGGCUGGAUUUGUAGGAAGAUAUUGUGUAAAUUUGGUUUUGUCAUGGAAUAUCUUGGUUUCUCCAUCUACAUUAGUUGAGAGUUUUGCUGGAUACAGUAACUUGGGCUGGCAUUUGUGUUCUCUUAGUGUUUGUAUGACAUCUGUCUUGGAUCUUCUGGCUUUUAUAUUCUCUGGUGAGAAGUCUGGUGUAAUUCUUAUAGGUCUGCCUUUACAUAUCACUUGACCUUGUUCCCUUACUACUUUUAAUAUUCUUUCUUUGUUUUGUGCAUUUGGUGUUUUAACUAUUAUGUGAUGGGAGGAAUUUCUUUCUGAUUCAAUCUAUUUGGAGUUCUGUAGACUGUAUGUUUUUUUAGCAUCUCUUUUUUUAGGUUAGGGAGGUUUUCUUCUAUAAUUUUGUUGAAUAUAUUUACUGGCCCUUUAAAUUGGAAGUCUUCACUUUCUUCUAUACCUAUUAUCAUUAGCUUUUGUCUUCUCAUUGUGUCCUGGGUUUCCUUUAUGUUUUAUGCUAGGAGCUUUUUUCAUUUUACAUUAUCUUUGACAGUUGUGUCAAUGUUUUCUAAGGUAUCUUCUGCUCCUGACAUUCUCUCUUAUAUCAUUUGUGUUCUGCUGGUGAUGCUUGUAUCUACGACUCCUUGUCUCUUCCUUAGGUGUUCUAUAUCCAGGGUUUUUUCCUUUUGUGCUUUCUUUAUUGUUUCUAUUUCCAUUUUCGAUUUGUUCACCUCUUUGGCUGAGUUUUCCUGUAAUUCUUUGAGGGUUUUUUGUGUUUCCACUCUAAGGGCUUCUACUUGUUUGCUUAUGUUUUCCUGAAUUUCUUUAAGGGAGUUCUUUAUGUUUUUCUUAAAGUCCUCCAUCAUUACCAAAAAUGUGAUUUUAAAUCUAAGUCUUGCUUUUCUGCUAUGUUUCGAUAUCCAGUAUUUUCUUUGGUGGGAGAACUAUGCUCUGCUGGUUCCAAGUAGUCUUGGUUUCUGUUGCUUAGGUUCCUGUGCUUGUAUCUAGCCAUUGGGUUUAUCUCUGAUGUUUGCUUGUCUUGCGGUUUCUGAGAGUGAUUGACCCUGCUGUAGGCCUCUGUGUCAGCACUCCAGUAGAACUGUUUCCUCUUUUCUUUCAUCCUUUUCUGAGAACAGGUGCACUGAUUUCAGGUGUCUCAGUGCUCCUAGAGACUGUCUUUCAGCUCUAGGUUGGACAGGAAUCAAAGGGUCCUGCCCCUGAUUGCUCAUAUGCCCUUGCACUCAGCAGGCACAGUUGGCCCUGUGCAAUUCCCUCUUGGGUCUGGACUGUGGGCAGAGGGUAGUCUCCUCUGACUUCUCAGGAGUAUCCACACUGCUCUGAGUCCAGCUCUCUCCCUCACAAGAUUUGGGUGCAGGGAGUUUUUUUGGUGGUUCAAUUUGUUCUUGGGAGCAGACCAGAAACAUGGCUACCAGUGGCUGUUUGUUUCUCUAUCCCUGUUUCCAGAGGCACUGUGCAGUUUCCCUUGGACCAGGGAUGUGGGCAGAGGUGUGCAGAGGUGGCAGUCUGUCCUGUGGUCUCAGAAUGUCUGUAGUCCUGGAUGUUGAACUCUCUUCCCCACAAGAUUUGGGUGCAGAGAACCAGACACUAAAGUUUUAAGCAAAGGUACCUUUAAAGUACCUUGCAUUUUACAUUCCUCGUGGGUGUACUCAUCAUAAUAUUGUCUUACAUUUAUUUUGAUGAUCUACAUUAGAGCAGGAAGAUAUACUCCUAGCCUUGCAAUUAUUGUUCUAAUUGCAAGAUAAUUAUCCAUCUCAUUUGGUAAAAAGGUUUACCGUAUUCUACCUGGUGUGCUAUUUUAAAUUAAUUAAUUAAUUCCGUUUACUACCCAAUAUAUUCUCCCCUCUCCUCCCACACCCCAUCUCACAACUCUUCUUCAUAUUUUCUCCCUCCUCUUUUCCUAUGAAUAUAGGGAACCCCAACAUCACUCCCCAUCUUGCACAAUCAGAAACUGCAAGACUAGACACAUCCUCUCUCACUGAAGGUCUGAUUUCAUAGUUUAAUCUCUCAACUUGACACAUAUGCUUUCUGUUGAAACUAUAAAUCCCAUGAACACAAGCAAUCUGGGUAGGCAAUGCUUUAUUUAAUCUUAUAGUCCAUAAUCCAUAAUUUAGGGAAAUUAGUGAAAAGGCUCAAGGCACGAACCUAGAAGCAAAAAAGGAAGCAUAAGUCUUGAAGAAGUGAUGCUUUCUUUCCUGGGCUUGUUCAGCUUCCUUACUUAUACAACCUAGAAACACUUGUCCAGUGGCUCCAUCCACAGAGCAAUUCCACAUCAAUCAUUAAUCAAGAACAUGCAUGGUCAGACUUGCUUAUAGGCCGGCAUAAUGGAAGCAUUUUCUCAAUUGAGUUUUCCUCUUUCCAGAUGAUCCUAGCUUGUGCUCAACUGACAAAAUUUAACCAGCACAGCACUCAGGAUAAAGAAAUAUCUAUUAUCUUUUUUCAGAGUUGUCUACUGUGAAAAACAGUGAUUUCAAAAAUUGUACGGUUACCCUAAGAAAAGUGUAGAUUGUUUCCAUUAUUCUGUCUAUGGAGUCCUCUCUGUUCGGCUAGCACAUGGAGCAAUAUGAAAUGUAAAUGAGAAUGUUCAGUAGAGUCAUUUUCAUUUAAUUUUUAUAAUUAUUCUACAUUCUCAGAAAUUGCAAAUUAAUAUAGAUCCCUACAUGUAUAAAGCAUUAUAGCUGCUACUUCAGUGGAGCUAUAACUACUUCUUCACCACAGGCAUAUCUGUGGUUUUACCCUUCAUAAAGUUACAUUCACCUUUCUUCCCCACCACAUUCCAGUUCAAACAAUCAAAGAUAUUUUCUCCAUCUUCAAAACAUUGUUAUUUCAGGAAUUGUACAUAUAUCGUCGUGCAUCAUGUGAAAUGCUGAAGUUGAUUUUUGUUACUUGCCACUGUUCACAUUUGUAUACAUAAACCUUUCCCUUCCUGUUUUUGCGUGGUAUGCUAUGAUACAGAUGCACUAAAUAUACUUAACAUUUCAUGCAUUAGAUAAAAUUUAGAUUGUUUCAGGCUUGUGGCUAUUAAAAGCAAGUGUAACUGAACACUUGUGCACUAGUGACUUUCAAUGUCAUGGCACAAAUAUGUAUGUAUGCAAUCUUUGUAUUAACAAAUAGUUGUGUGUCUGGUUGUUUAAAAAAAAACAAAACAUACAACUACAUAAGAUCUCUGUGAGUCCUGCCUGGAAAUAGGUGUUUCACUUCUACUUACAUUCGACUAGAUGUAAAUAAGGUGAAUGUGCAGCCAUGUUAAAAGGUGGGAUGGGACAUGUGCUCUAUUAAUGCAAAAAACAUAAAGAGAUAAGGGUUGAUGAGUACACAGCAGUAUUAGCUUCCGUACUGCAAGGCUUUUACUCAAAUUCAUAAAACCUGUUUUUUACUAUUAUCAAUUUUGACUAUUAUUAAUUUUAUAUUGGUAGACUAUGUGGGAUGAAACAUUUUAUGAGCCUAGUCCUUUAAAUGACCCUAUGCUUUACAGUGUCAUUUGGCUCUUGGACUUCUGGGAAUAAGGGUGGGAGGGCAUAAAAAGCCAGCAGAGGCUGAGAGAAAGAGAGAGUGGUAGGACUAAGGAGUAGGGAGGAGUAGGGUCUAGGAAAGAAUAGAGUACUGUGAGAGAAGACUGUUUAUACAGAAAGAAAGAAGAUUCAGUAGAGAAGAGAGAAAAAGAAUCUGGACCAAGUGAAAAAUAGAGGUAGUUGUAAGGGAAUUGGGACAGCAGACUGAGAAGGGAGGACUUUUUAUGACAAUUGAAGCAGGGGAAGCUGAUCUGAGCCAAAAUAUUGGUAGGAGGGUCAUAAAACAAAGAAACAAAACAAGACAAAAACACUUCACAAAGUAGCCGAAAGAAAUUAAAAAGAAACAUAAAACUGUAUGCACAAGGCUACAAGCCUGAAUGAGAAUUUAGUUGGAAGCACUGGAAAAAUUAUUUUAAGGUAAUGUUUCUGAUCUAAUGCUGCUAUCUCUUACAUGUCUAUAUUACUAGCUGGCAUUACUCUGGGGUGUGUGUAUAUGUUGCUGUUGGACACGGCAAUGUUGCACACUUCAUCUCUUUGGGUAAAGAGUAUGGAAUUAGUUGUAAUAUAUUUGUACAUUCAAACUGUUUUACACUGAAAUAUAAGAUUUUUUCAUGAUUUGUCUAUUAGGUAAGAAGUAUACAUUCAAAACCAUCUCACAGUGUUCCCAAAUAAGGUGAAGCUUUAACUAAAAGUGGAUUACUACGUGAUGCUCAUACCAAUAGCAACAAGAAGAAGCCUGUUGUUAUCACAAAUUUAUUCUCAAAAUGACUGCAAGAAACAUAACCACAAUGAGUGGAUUUCUCCUAAUGGGGUUCUCUGACAACCAUGAGCUGCAGGUCUUACAAGCUUUACUCUUCUUGGUGACAUACCUAUUAGGGACAGCAGGUAACUUCAUCAUUAUCACCAUCACAACACUGGACCCAAAGCUCCAGUCUCCAAUGUAUUACUUUCUGAAACACCUUUCCAUUCUGGACCUCUCAUCUCUCUCUGUCACAGUUCCCCAGUAUGUUUAUAGUUCACUGGCACAAAGUGGCUACAUAUCAUUUGGCCAGUGCGUGAUGCAGGUUUUUUUCUUCACAGCUUUGGCCUGGACUGAGAUGGCCAUUCUCACAGUGAUGUCUUAUGACCGCUAUGUGGCCAUCUGCCUCCCACUGCACUAUGAGGUCAUCAUGAGUCCCAGAAAGUGCACUUGGGCUGUGGCAGCUGUGUGGCUCAGUGGAAGCAUCACAGGAACAUUAUACACAGCAAGUAUACUCUCUAUCAGAUUCUGUGGGGACAAGAUAAUUCACCAGUUCUUCUGUGAUGUCCCCCAGUUGCUCAAGAUCUCUUGCUCUAAUGAUUACGUUGGAGUACAGAAAGUGUCUACUUUCAUGACUUUAUUGGCCUUUGCCUGCUUCAUGGGGAUUGCCUUCUCCUAUGGCCAGAUAUUCUCUACAGUUCUCAGGAUUCCCUCUGCAGAAAGUCAAACUAAGGUCUUCUCGACAUGCCUGCCCCAUCUCUUUGUUGUUUCAUUUUUUCUCUCAACAGGCAUUUGUGCCUAUCUAAAGCCAACCUCAGACUCACCAACUGCUUUAGACUUCAUACUCUCUAUUUUUUACACUGUACUACCCCCAACCCUCAACCCCGUUAUCUAUAGUCUAAGAAAUGAGUCCUUUAAGGGAGCUGUAAAGAAGUUACUGUUAAGUGAAGAAUUCAUUGGGAAAAAUUAUAUUUGUUCUGUUGUUCGUGCCUGCUGACACUGGUCACAAAGAAUGUUUUUCAUAUAUUAAAUAUGUUAGAUAUGUAAUGUUAACGAUAAAAGAUAUUGUCUAGAAAAUAUAUAUUACAAACAUAUAGCAAAGUAAGUUGCAAUAUGAUUCUUUAAAUCUAUUUCAUUAAAUAUACUUCUGUUUUUUUAUGUUAGUAAAAAACAGAUAUGAUUAUUCUCCAGUAUAUAGAUCCAAUUUUUCCUAACUCUUCCAGUUUCUUGACACACUAUUACACAUGUGAACUUAUCAGCAAUUGUAACUUGGGUUUACAAACAUGUUUAUAGGAAUAUCUUAAUAAUAAGCAUAAAGAAUAAUUACAGUUACUGCUUACUCAAUUCACAAAGUGGGUCAUAAUUUUAAUAUUUAUCAUCUAGUUUCAAAGGUUCACAUUACUUUCUAUCUUUCCAUAUAAAAAUUUUAGAAAUAGCACAAACAAGUAUGCCAUUUCUAAGCAUAUUUAUAUAAAGUAAUUACUAUAGUUGUCUUCGGUGCCGAGUAUUCAAUGUAAUUCAAUAUACAGAUAAGCCUCAGGUUUUUAAUGUAGAUCAUUAAUUUUCACAUUUGUAUUAAUUUUCACCUACUAAUGAGCCAUUUAUAUAAUAAGCAAAGUACUCAGAAGGCCGAGGCAGGAAGACCUAUGUAAUGUUUUUAGGACUGCCUGAUCUAUAUAGUAAUAUAUAUUACAAAAGGCUAACUAAAUAAACUGAAAACUGCUAAAAAAAUUUUUUUAAAUACUUUCUUGCAGAUUCUGAGGGUGAAAAGACUCUGGCUUAGGCAAUUAACACCUGUAGUCUCAUAGAGGGGAUUAAGAAAUAUAGCCCUGUUCUGUUUCCACAGGAAUUGCUGGGCUCUAACCUUCAGCCUGCUGAUUGAAGUCCCAAGGAAGAAAAUGGGACACUUUGAAAAGUGAAUUUAGUAUUCAUUUCUAAGUUGUAAAAAGUUUCCUAUGAAAGUUCUCUAAGAGAAAAGGGAAAAGCACAAUGAAUUGUGAGGAUGAUGGUGAUGAUGAUGAUGAUGAUGAUGAUGAUGAUGAUCUCUUCUCUCUCAUUUCAGCACUUGCACAUCUUACAGAAUACCUGAUCACAUGGUAAAAAGUUCAUCACAAGUUUAUAAAUAAAUUAAAAACAUAAGUUGAAUAAGUAGCUUACAAAAGAGAAAGUUUACAUGCAUAGCUAUUAGGAAUAAUUUUCUCGCUAAACAUUUAUCACCUGUCACACCUCCACAGGUUAAUGAAGAGUUAAAACACAUAACUAAGUUACUAGUGAAGUUUCGUAUAGAUAAACCCAGUACAUACUUGAUCUUCUGCCCUAGCACCUAUAAUAAAUCAUAGUGCCCUUUGAAUGAAGAUAAUGAAAAUGGCAUAGGAAGCAUACUCAGAGAGUAGAGGAGUAGAGGCAAACCACGAACACUUGGAAAAAGACGGGGAGGGGAUUAGGAAGAGAGAGGGAAUAGGAACAAGAGGACAGGACAAGAGCAAGAGGGCAAGAGAGAGGAGGGGGCAAGCAGCCCCUUUUAUAGUGAGUCAGCUAUUGCUACUUAACUGUAGGGUUAAGCCUAGUCCAAUGCCAACACUUAGGAGAUAGUAAAUCACACCAAGUAGAAUUUAGCUGAGGGAGAUCUCCCUGUAAAAGAGUCCACAGGUAAAUACUAUGCUAACCAGGCCUCCUAGAGAUUAGAAUGCUAGGAUACAUGUUGGUUCACCAGGAUUGUCCAGUGAUAUGUCUCUAAACCAUAAAAAAGGAGAUAGCCCUGAUUUGCAAACAGCCACUAGGUCUAUCCCCAGAUGAGAGAGUUCUAGCAAGCUGGUCAAUGUGGCAUUACAGGAUCAUAAUAAAUAUUACUGUGUUGUGUGCCACAAAGUUUCAGUUUUCUUGUUGACAAAAGCACAGUUAAACUAUGUGGGUAAGAUGACCGCAGGUGAUAACUAUUUGAAAUGGUCAGAAAACACUGUUCUGUUGUGUGAUGGCUGAUCAAGGUAUUCUGUCCCUGAGGUCUGCAUGUAUGGAAAAUGACAUAGAAGAGGCUGGAACAUGCUUGGCACAGCCAGUAACUUGGGAGCUUUCCCUAAAGCCCUGAAAUGGGGGAGUAAAACAGAGCUCCUUCUCUGAAACCAGGAAUAUGCUUAGGAAACUAGAAAUGGUCUACACCCAGAGCCUUUGGGAGGGGUUGUUUCAGAUUCUGAGAAUACCACACUUCCCACCAUAUGUGGCUGUGGUUAUCAGUUCCAAGGACACUGAAGCCUUGGAAAGGAAUGUUCUGGAGAUACCCUGAAUUCCUCUUGUUGCAGAACUGUUUGAUUAGAAUCCUCCUGAGUAUGUUCCAUUGUAAGAUAGUUUCUGCUGAUGUCAUAGAGUUCUUCCAUUCCCCCUAUGUAACUAUUAUAGAAGGUGGUAUUCCUUUUGAGAAUAUAACAGAGCAUAAGAGAAAGUUUGUUCAAGACCUCCCCACCCCAGGUUUUAUAUUCUUUGUCCUACCAAUUGCCUGGCUCCUUUGGGGUGUCCAUUUGACCUACUCAUAUAACAACUCAACUGAAUGUACCCCAUUCCUACCACUGAUGUCCUGCCUAACUGCAAAAAAUUACCAUGUCAGACUAUGCUCCAUUAGAAUGAGUACUGACAAAGGUCACAGUCUAGACUCUAGGAAGUUUCUAGUGCACUAAGUUUCGACACUAACCUGACAUGUCCUCUAAUUUUAAAUAUUUUUCUCUGCACCGCACUCUCUGAUGUCGUAUCCCCAGCUGAUCCACUACUCCUGUCCUCAGUCACCCCAAUUCUUCCACAGAAUCUAUUCUAUUUUCCUUUUCUAUGGAGUUCCAUGCAUUCUCCUUAUAGCCCUCUUCUUUCCCCAUAUCCUCUUUGUGUCUGUGGAUUAUAGUUUCAAUAUAAUUUUUCUAAUUGCCAAUAACAUUUAUAGGUCAAUUCAUACUACAUUUGUAUUUCUAGGCCUUGUUAACUAUCUUGGGGUGAUUUUUUUCUACUUGCAAAAUCUCUGUAUUCUCAUACAUGUAUUCAUUUCUACAAUGCUUUACAAACUGUUUCCCAAAUGCUAUCUUAAUUCCUCUUGCAGCUUCCCCCAGGGGUCCUUCACAAGCCCAAAUUUUUUCUGUAAGACCAUUUAUUUGGUUGGUAUUGUUGUUCAUAUGAGGUCUCAAGCCCCUUCAGCUCUUUCAGUCCUUUCUCUGAUUCCUUCAUCCAGGGACUAAGCUCCUACCCAAAGACUAUAGAUGGACUGAACUUGGGCUCCAAUUGCAUAGGUAGCAAUGAAUAGCCUAGUAAGGGCACCAAUGGAAGGGGAAGCCCUUGGUUCUGCCAAGGCUGGACCCCCAGUGAAUGGGAUUCUUGUGGGGAGGGUGGCAAUGUGGGGAGGACUGGGAGGAGAACACCCAUGUAGAAGGGGAGGAGUAGGGGUUAGGGAGAUCUUGGCAUGGAAAUCAGGAAAGGGAAUAACAUUUGAAAUGUAAAUAAGAACAUCUAAAGUCCUUUAGGCAAACAAAUCCAGGCAAAUCAAUUGUUCCAUUCUUUCCAAGGGCAAUUCACUAAUCCAAGGAACACUUUGCUGUGUUCAGUUCUUCUACUUAAACUUUAAAAAAAAUAAAAAAAUAAAAUUAAAAAAACCCUUAUCUUUCAAAUUUCUGUUGUGGGCUGUCCUGAUGCUGUUUGUAUUUUGAUGUUAAUUCUGCUUCCUCAAAAGGGGUUGCCCCUGAGUAGAAGUACAUCACAUAUUUACAUGCUCUCAUGUGAACCUUGUCUCUGCUUUAACUGGCCGAUAAACACUUGAGUCUCUGAUUGGACAGUAGAAGGGAAAGAUGUUACUGGAAAUUUGAGAGGGUUGGUAGGUAGGGAGGCAGAAGAAGAUGAGAGGGGAAGGAAAGAGGAUUGAGGAAGAGAAGGAAGCCAUGAUGGAUGAGAGCCAUAUAUAGCCAGGAGAAACCAUAAGUAGCAAGGUGUCUUAAAGCUAGUUAAGUGUACUGUUUAUCUGCCCUAUCUCGGCUCAUAGCUCAUAAAUAGAAUAACUGGUUUGUGUGUAAUUGGGGUGGAAAUUCUGGAAACAGUUUUCUCCAACAAUAUUCCUUACAAAUUUUCUAUUAAUAGAUAUCUCCCCUCAUUUGGCUCUCAUCAUUAUUCAAUAGUCCUGUAGACUAAGCUAUUUCUUUCCUCAUCUUAUUUCUUGUAUUAUCAAUGGACAUCCAUGUCCUUAGUGACAUAGGCCGAGUGUUGCAUUUCCUUGAGUUGUUCAAUGCUCUUACAUACUAAAAAUUCACAUUUGUCAGAAACAUUUCCUACUGCAAAUAUUUCCUUAUACAACUUAACCAUCGUAAGUUGGUUAAACUUUCCCAGAGAACAGUUAAGGCAUUCAGUCUCCAUAUCUAGAACCCCUUGUCCCAUUAUCUGGGUUGACUCUUUGAAUAGCUAGGGCUGCAACACUUUGUUCUUAUCAAAGCUAUUCCCUUCUCUAGCCUCAAGCCCUUUCCCAGAACGAAGUUAUAUUUCAGGACUACUGUGAUAUCUAAAAAGGCAAAUCAGGCAAGCAUACAAGAAAGAGCAACACCAUCUGUACACGAGAUACCCAGCGAUGCAUGUCAUGUGGACUUUGCUCCAGAAGCCAAAACUCACUGACAACCAUGUCAUUCCUGACAGUAAGAUGGCCAUUCCUACUGUGUUAAUCCUACCAAUCCAUGAGCAUGGAAUAUCUUUACCUCCUGAUAUCUUCCUCAAAUUUCUUUCUUUAGAGACUUGAAGUUCUGAUCAUAAAAGUCUUUUCCACGUUGUUUAGAGUUACACUAAGGGAUUUUAUAUUAUUUGGGGCUAUUGUGAAGGUAGCUUUUUUUCCUUAGCUCAUUUGUAUAAAGGAGGGCUACUGAUUGUUUUGUGUUAGAUUUGUAUCUAUACUAUUAGCUGAAGGUGUUUUUUAGCUUUAGUAGUUCUCUGUAGGUUCUUAGCUGUAGGUUGAAUUUUGGAGUCACUUACAUAACCUUCACUUAUCAUCUGUGAAUAGCAAUACAUUGACUUCUUCUUAUCAAAUAUGUAUCCCCUUGAUCUCCUGUGAUUGUCUUAUUGCUCUAGUUAGAAAUUUAAGUAUUAUGUUGAAAAGUUACUGGGACAGUGUCCAGCCUCGACUUUUCCUUCAGUUUAGUGUAAUUGCUUCAAGUUUCUCUCCUUUAAUUUGAUGUUGACUGUUGGCCUGCUAUAUAUUGCCUUACUUGUGUUUCCUUGCAUCCUGCUAUCUUCAAGUCUUUUAACAUAAAAGAAUGUUGUAUUUUGUCAAAUCUUUUUUAGUAUCAAAUGAUAUGAUGAUGUGGUUUUUCAGUUUGUUUAUAUGGUGGAUUACACUGAUGGAUUUUCAUAUAUUGAACCAUUCCUGGAUACUUUGGAGGAAAGUUACUAGAUCAUGGUGGAAGACAUGCCUAAAAGAAAUUACAUUCUUGUGUGUGUGUGUGUGUGUGUGUGUGUGUGUGUGUGUGAAAUAUUCUACAGAUAACUGUUCUCUUGGAUUCAAAACUUCUAUUGGUUAAAUUAUUUCUUAGUUUUUGUCUUAAUGACUUGUCCAUUGGUAAGAGUGGAUUGCUGAUAUCUCUCACUGUUAAUUUGUAGGGUUCAAUAUGAUGCUUAAGCUUCAGCAAUAUUUUUCUUACGCGUGUGGCUGCCCUUGUUUUUGGAGCAUAGAUGUUCAAAACUCAUGUGUCAUUUUGGUGGGUUUUUCCUCUCAUGCACAUGAAGUGUCCUUCCCCAUCUCUUUUGAUUACUUGCAGUUGAAAGUCUACUUAAUUAGAAAUUAGAAUGGCUACUUGACCUGUUUUUGGGUUCCUUUGUUUGGAAAACUUUUCCAGGCCUUAAUUCUUAGGUCAUGUCUAUGUUUGUUGCUGAGGUGUGUUUCUUGCAUGCAACAGAAUAAUGUAUCCUGUUUUCAAGUCCAUUCUGUUAGCCUGUCUCUUUUUGUUGUUGAAUAAAGUCAAUUGCUUUUUAAAGAUAUUAAUGAGGAAUGAUUUUUAGUUCAUGUUAUUUUGACGUUGAUGGUAGGGCUUUUUUUAUGUUUUUUGUUUUUUGUUUAUUGUUUUUUUUAUUUUGAGUGUGUGUUUCUGUGUACUAUUCUUUUUGUUCUUUUUGUUUUGCUAUGUAAACAUUAAUUUCUUGAGUGACACAGGAAUGGUUCAAUAUCUGAAAAUCCAUCAAAAAAAGCUACCAUAUAAAGAACCUGAAAGAAAAAAAUCAUAUGAUUAUCUUAUUAGAUACUUACAAAUCCUUCGACAAAAUCUAACACUCCUUCAUUUUAAAAAUAUGAGAGAUAUCGGGUAUACAAGACACUUACAUAAACAUAUUCAAAGCAAUAUAUACCAAGCCAGCAGCCAAAAUCAAGCUAAAUGGAGAGAAAUUUAAAGCAAAUCCACUGAAAUCGGGGGCAAGACAAAGCUGCCCACUUUCCCAUAUCUAUUAAGUAUGGUAUUUGUCAAUCUAUCCAAGGUAAAGACAUUGUUAAAAUUUGAUUUUGUCAUGGAAUAUUGAAAAGGUCAAUGAGUGCAGAAUAACAAACUGCUUUAGGAAUUCUAGAAUGCAGCUCACUUAUCAGCACAGCACGAUGCCUGCAUCUCAGUGAAGAUUGGCCCAGAGGACCAUGUGUACUGAAUACUUCAGGCUUUUACAGAGAUUUGCUCUGCUGUUGCCCUCUUACCUUUUUUAAUUUUUUUAAAGAUGUAUUUAUUUAUUAUAUGUGAGUACACUGUAGCUGUCUUCAGACACACCGUAAGAGGGCAUCAGAGCUCAUUAUAGAUGGUUGUGAGCCACCAUGAGGUUGCUAGAAUUUGAACUCAGGACCUCUGGAAGGGUAGUCAGUGCUUUUAACUGCUGAGCCAUCUCUCCAGCCUCAUCUUAUCUUUCAUAAUCUAAGAAGUGCAUGAAAAUUUUAAGGGGGCUGCCAAUCCCUCACUGGGCAGCAUCAUUGGCACUUUCAAUCGUAAAGGAUGACCUCUUUUAAGCACUGUUGCUGGAGCAGAUUAAUGAUUCAGUCAUCACCCUGGAAAAGAACUUCGAGAUAUAAAAUUGUCAUCAAUGAUCAUGACCCUUAGAAAGCAUUUGGAAAAAUACAAUUGUUAGUGAAGCUAGGUUAAGAUGUUUCUACUACUGGCUCUGAUAUUGAUUUUAUAUGAAAGGCAUGGCUUCUUAAGGUCAGGUUUCUAUUUAUAUUUUUGUUUGGUAGUUGAGUCUCUGAGAGUCUCUAUUUUCUCUGAGUCCCUCAAUUCUUUCACUGAUUCUUUCACAAGACUCUCAGAGCUCCAUCUAUGUUUAGCUAUGGAUCUUUGCAUCUGUUUAGUCAACAGUUAGGUGAAGCCUCUCAGAGGACAGUAAUGCUAGGAUGCUCUCUACAAGCUUAACAGUGUCAUUUAUAGUAUCAGGGUGCCAUACUUAGGACUUCAUUGCUGUGUAGAGACGCAAUGACCACAGCAACUCUUUUAAGGGACAACAUUUUGCUGACAGGUGUAGAGUUUUCUUCCAUUAUUAAUUGGAUGGGAAGAAUGGCAGCAUUCAGGCAAGAAUGGUACUGGAGGAAAUGACAGUUCAACAUCAUUUUCAGAGGAAGAUGAAAGAAAACUGAUUCCAGAAAGCUAAGAGGAGGGUCCCAAGGCCACACUACAGGGAAACACAUCCUACAAGGCCAGACCUACCCCACCAUGGCUAUACCUACUCCAUCAAGGCAACACCUCCUAUUAAUGACACAUCCUAACAUACUCAAACCAACAUAUUCCACUCCCUGGCAACAAUGGAGGCUUGUUCAAAUAUAUGAGUCCAUGGGGAACAUAUCUAGCAAAAGCAUGAUGAAAUAUAUAUUUAUUCCAACAUCAAAUGUCCCAUAGUCUAUAAAAUUGCAAAGUUUAAAGCCUCAUGAGAUUCAUGCAGUCCUUAAACUAUACUCCCUUAAGAAAUCAAAAGAAAAAAAGCAGAUUACAUAUCUCCAACAUCCUGCAGGAUAUACACAAUCAUUCCAAAACAUCACAGUGAAGAAAUAAUGAACCAAAGCAAGACAGAAAAUCCUCUGGAUAAACUCCAACCUCUACAUUUCAAUGUUCAAUAUCAAAGUGCUCUUCAGAUCUUGAACUCUUAUAUCCUACUUGACUGCUGUUGGCAGAUCUGGCAUUUAGCAGCAACAAAGCUCAUUCUCUUGGGACAGUUCCAAUCCCUGUUAACAAUUUUCCUCAACAGAUAUCAAAACUUUCUGACAUCUCUACCAUUUUGUGGUAUCCAGUGCAACUUCAGUAUUUCCAUUUCUGGUAAAAAUGUCAGAGAUAGACACAUGAACUUCUGGGUUUGCCAAGGUCUUAGAUUACUUAUUCAGUUUAAACAUCUAUAGCAAUCCAGGAUCUCAUUGACUCCACUUCACUAAUGCUGUGUUAAUAAUGCCAAAUAAUAUAUAUAUAUAUGUAUGUAUAUAUAUGGUAUUCAUGUAAAGUGUACACAUACUAUGCAUUGAAUGCAGCCAUUUAAUAAGCAACCUCAAUCAAACACUCACAGAACCAAACUAGGAUUCACGUGUAUCAGGCUAUCUUCUUUUUUUCUCUAGCCUUAUAAUUCCAGGGAUCACUAAACCACCUUUAUCAUUACACAGUUGAUUCCCUUUUUAGAUUUGUAUCAUUCACAUUUUAACAACAACCUUCUUUUGCUCAGUGUGCUAUUCUGAGGCUGAACUACAUAAUUCACUUCUUUCUAUUGAAGUGUGUUCCAUUACAUAGACAAGGCAUCUAUUUUGCAAUAAUAUGAUUUGUUAUGUCUUUUUCUCAGGGGAUACCUUGUUCAUUAUUUUGUUGGCUGGCAAACAACUGCAUUGACUGCAGUAUGGGAUCUCACUUUAAAUACAACUUUUAUGAAUGUUUAUAUAGCAUUUUAUAUAGCAUUUUAAGGUCAUGUAUUUAUAUGUUUUUUAUUGUUCUGAUUAAAUGUGCGCAUUGAAAUUUUAUACAUGUAUGUAGUGUAUGCUCUUUACUCCCAUGCUCUCUCUUGUUCCUCUUACCCUAGCUAUCCUUCUUUCUCCUCUCUUCUCUACAGACCCCUUUCUUAUAUUUCCACAUGAUGUUCCUCUUUUUCCUUUGUUGCUUUCUGGUUUUGACUGGGAUGUGUGACCAGAGAUUUGGGACAGCCCACAGAAUAGUUAAGAGUUCAUCAUUUGUCUGAUUGCUCUGGCUAGAACUUCAAGAACUAUAUUGAAUAAGUAGGGAGAGAGUGGGCAGCCUUGUCUAGUCCCUGAUUUUAGUGGGAUUGCUUCAAGUUUCUCUCCAUUUAGUUUAAUGUUAGCAACUGGUUUGCUGUAUAUGGCUUUUACUAUGUUUAGGUAUGGGCCUUGAAUUCCUAUUCUUUCCAGGACUUUUAUCAUGAAGGGGUGUUGAAUUUUGUCAAAUGCUUUCUCAGCAUCUAAUGAAAUGAUCAUGUGGUUCUGUUCUUUCAGUUUGUUUAUAUAAUGGAUCACGUUGAUGGUUUUCCGUAUAUUAAACCAUCCCUGCAUGCCUGGGAUGAAGCCUACUUGAUCAUGGUGGAUGAUUGUUUUGAUGUGCUCUUGAAUUCGGUUUGCCAGAAUUUUAUUGAGUAUUUUUGCGUCGAUAUUCAUAAGGGAAAUUGGUCUGAAGUUCUCUUUCUUUGUUGUGUCUUUGUGUGGUUUAGGUAUAAGAGUAAUUGUGGCUUCGUAGAAGGAAUUCGGUAGGGCUCCAUCUGUUUCAAUUUUGUGGAAUAGUUUGGAUAAUAUUGGUAUGAGGUCUUCUAUGAAGGUUUGAUAGAAUUCUGCACUAAACCCGUCUGGACCUGGGCUCUUUUUGGUUGGGAGACCUUUAAUGACUGCUUCUAUUUCCUUAGGAGUUAUGGGGUUGUUUAACUGGUUUAU